AUGGCUCAGAUUUUUCCAGAUUCGAAAACUUUUGUGGAUAUGAAAUUAAAGUACUCAGAAUCUGAGAUUUUAAAAGACUACCAAGUAUUAAGAGACCGUUACAACGGUGCAGUGCCCAAAGGAGAAAUAGCUAAAUUUGUCGACGAACAUUUCAUAGAUGGUGAUGAGUUGGAGGUAUGGAAUCCUCCCGACUUUAAUGAAUCUCCUUCGAUCGCCAACCGGAUUAAAGACAAGAGUUACAAACAGUGGGCAUUGGGAUUAAACCAAGUAUGGAAAACCCUAGCGAGGAAAGUUAAGGACGACGUGAGAUUACAUCCCGACAGAUAUUCGCUGAUAUGGGUUCCAAAUGGUUUUGCCAUACCUGGAGGCCGAUUUAGAGAACUUUACUAUUGGGACACUUACUGGAUUGUUAACGGGAUGUUAUUAUGUGACAUGUCGUCAACAGCUAGAGGUGUUAUUGACAAUAUAUUAUCGUUGGUGCUGCAAUUUGGUUUCAUGCCAAAUGGUGGACGAGUGUACUACCUGAAUAGAACACAACCGCCAAUGGUGACGUUGAUGGUAUCAAGCUACUAUAAAACAACCAAUGACUUCGAAUACGUAAAAAAAGUCAUUUCUACCUUAGAUAGUGAGUUCGAUUUUUGGUCGGAAAACCGAAUGGUUACUUUCGAGAAGAACGGCAAAUCGUACACAAUGGCAAGAUACUACGCACCGUCGAGGGGUCCAAGACCAGAGUCUUAUAGAGAGGACUACGAAUCAGCAGAAUUUUUGAAAACUGAAGACGAAAAACAAGAAUUGUAUACCCAAAUUAAGUCUGCGGCAGAGACUGGAUGGGACUUUUCAAGUAGAUGGUUUAUAACUGCCAAUGGCUCGGAUCGUGGAAUAUUGGCUGAUAUAAAAACGACGUAUAUAAUACCAGUGGAUUUGAACUGUAUACUGCACAAGAAUGCACAGUUGUUGAGUUCAUGGUAUAGCAAGAUGGGAGAUACAACUAAAGCCGAGAAAUAUCGUGCGAUCGCCGAGAAUCUUGUCAACAGUAUACAAGAGGUUUUGUGGAGACCAGACCUAGGGGCCUGGUUUGACUGGGAUAUGUUGAAUAAUAAAAGUCGAGAAUAUUUUUUCGUUUCCAAUAUUGCACCUCUGUGGACGGAAAGCUACAACAUGCCGAAAAAGGCUGUAGCUAGUUCAGUGUUGGGAUAUCUAAGAGAUCAUCAUAUCAUCGAAGCCGAUUAUACCGUGAAUUUCAACGGGACACCAACGUCUUUGUACAAUUCAUCACAACAGUGGGACUUCCCAAAUGCAUGGCCUCCUCUACAGGCUUUCAUCAUUCAAGGCCUAGACAGGACACAACAGAAACUGGCACAACAGGUGUCUUAUAGAUUGGCUGAAGUAUGGUUACGCUCAAAUUAUAAAUCAUUCACAGAGAAAUCAAUGAUGUUCGAAAAGUAUGACGUUCUAGCAUCGGGAGAAACUGGGGGCGGUGGAGAAUACUCCACAGACAGGUUUUGGUUGGACAAAUGGAGUCGUGUUUGA